AUGACAUCUACACCUACAUUGAUCGGCAUGCCCGAACCACCAUCAAAUACUGAUACUCCAACCGAUGCACCUGGAACCCCAAACUCUACCACGACCUCCCUCUCUGCUCUCUCCACGACCGCAAUCAAAGAUGGCCAUCGCGGAUCUGCCCACCCUACUGCCAGCUCCCAUCAUCAACAUACCCUCUCAAGCAAUACCCUCGAGGCGCAGCGCGCCGAUCGAAUCUCGCGUUUGGCAGGUCUCGAACGUGUCACGACUGCCACGCCUCAAAACUCCAGCAGUACCACAUCUGUUCCCGGACCUGCAGCUGCACAAAUCCCCGGUUAUUUUGAUCAGGCCGGGAAUCCGGUAUAUACCACUCGCAUGUCGACCGUAGGUACGGCAUCUGCCACGGGUUCUGCCACGGGAAGAACAACCACAUGGGCAUCGAAUAGUGCCAAGGGACAAACAGAGGCAGAUGAUGAUGAGACGAGCAUGGAUAAUAAUUAUCGAGAGAUGGACGAUCGGGAUAGAUUUUCUGCAUCGGCGAUGGAUGAGGAAAUAGACGGGGAUGGCAUGAGUGAUGAUACAAGUCUAGUAGGCUUUGGCGAAGGCGCCGGAAGCACCGUCAGCGGCCCAACAUACAGUCGAAGUAACCUCCUCGCCAGCCCCAUCGGCGUAGGAAAAAGCGGUCUAGCCAAAGAAGUACAAAGCAGCACACCCGGGACACCCGUCAGCGCAUCCACAUCCGCAACCACGGAGCAACAGAAGCGCGAAGCGAGAAUGCUGGAUGGGAUUACAGAUGAUAACACCAGUGGAUAUGUGGAUACGGCCGCUCGGGGUCAAGGGGUAGGUGUAGCUGGAAAUCGCCAUUCGUCGGGAUCGGGAACGGGUACAGGUGCGGGCGCCGACGCUGCAGAGAGGAUCUUGAAGGAUAGAAUUGAUGAUGGCCCAUCGGCAGCGAGUAGACCACCACUUGGUAGUCCUGAUCAAGCGGGUCUAGGCAAGUUUUAUUUUGAAGAGAAGAAGUAA